AUGGCAGGAACUCGACGUGCCAGAGGCAGGGGCAGGGGUGCAAGCAGAGGUAACGCAACACCUGGGCCCAGCUCUGGUGCUAGUUCGAGAGCCGCUUCGACCGCUGGCUCAAGAGUGGCUUCCCGCACCGGCUCUACGGCUGCCUCCAGAGCCUCCUCUACUGCUGGCUCGAGGUCGAGCUCUAGGCUUAGUUCUAGAGCGAAAGGCAAAGGCAAAGCUAUUGCCACGGAGAGCCAGAAUAGUGAAGAUGACGACGAAGGUGAAAGACCUCAAGAGUUCCCGUCAAAUGAUGUACCAGACGAUGGCGACGACGACGACUAUGAGGACGACGACGACUACGAGGAGAAUGUCAUCCUUGCCUCUGAUGAUCUCGAUGAGAUCAAGGCGGAAAUGUUGCUACAUGGCGACGAUGAUACAACUCAGGAGUUCGGGCUCGUCACUAUUGAUGCCACUGAUCUUGGACUUGGUACUGCGUCGGGCGCUGAUGAUGGUAACGCUCAUGAAUCCAAAGGAACGGACAGUUUGUAUAACAUUUUUCAGAGGAAGCUGUUGAAGGGUGAGAUCGAUCUGGCUCUGCUGAAGAAGCGUGGUCGCACCAGCAUGAAGCCGCCGCAUCCGGCGCCCCGGGCCGUUGCAAUUCGCAUGAUUCCGGAGAAGUGGAUGAUCAGAAAGGUCAAGAAGAAUAUCGAGGGAUCAUUUGAAUUUGACCAGAAAAUCGACAAAACCAAAAUCAUCUAUAACAGCUUCGCAGACCAUAAACAGCAACUAUCGGACCACCUCCUCCGUUCAUUUCACAAACCAGAUCAGGAUAAAGACGUGUUCUGCGUGCGUUCGACAUACACUGGCAAGCUGUUGCGACUCGAUCCAGGACCAACGUCAAUAUCGAUUGACGCCGUAUACCCUUUUGGUGUGGCGCCGAGUGGCAAGUUGGGUUACCACGUCGAGUCGAACAUCGUGCCCAUCGAGUCAUUUCUCAAUUUGGCGAAAGGCAAUCACUCGAUAAUAGUGCUGCCAUUGACCGCCGAGAUGAUGCGCGUUUCUGCAAAUACGAUAAUUUCUGCCGAGGAAAAGCUACAACGGAUGCAGUGGCUGGUUAAUUCUGCGACGAAUUUGGCAAUAUUGGAGAGGCAACAGAAAUGUCAACACAAGCACAAAUUGCGCCACGCGGCAUGGAGUUAUGCCUAUAACCAGAAAAAGGGUCGUACGAUUCUGGAGCAGCUCAGGACCGGAACUCCAAUCGACCUAGCGAGCGGAAAGCAGCGCGUCCGAGAUCUGCUUGAAGUAUCAAGUCCUAAUAAUAUGCUGAAGGGUCGAUUCUGGGCCAGACAUGAAGACGACCUCGACGUUGCCACCCUCCAGGACAACUUGAUCAAGAUUGCAGCGAAACACGGAUUCACAGAAGACGAGUUUUUAUUAUGUUGUACCAUCCAGAACGCCGAGGACUGGGUCUUUUUCCCUUUUAACCCCCUCACACGAGCUACAGCAGAGGCCUUCGGCUGGAGUUGGGAUGACCUCCGCGAUUGGCUCAACACGCGCUUAGGGUACUACAUACAUGGGUGUGAUUUCUGGGCGCUCGUUUGUGGUCUACAAGAGAACGGCCUGUGUGCCGCCAAGUUGCUAUACUGGGUAGCAAAUAUCACUUGCUUUCGAUUGCGAAUGAAAAUCGAUAAGUUUAAGUGCGAAGGACGCAACGUUUCGGAUCCUGCAGUGCUACGCGAAGUUGCUGUUGAAGCAAUCGUGGACCGCCGGCGUCUACCGAUAGUGCCUUGGCGACACCACGCUAACUCCGCUGCGUUUUGCAAAUCGACAGAUCACGGCGUCGUGAUGUAUACCGGACUUGCUAACAAGCCCGUUACGGACCCGGGUUUCGACCCAACGGAUAUUGACUGGGAGAAGUGUUCAAUUACAAUCGAUUGUUCGAUUACGAACAAUUCUGAUUAUAACUACCAUUUGAGCACCCGGGAUCAUAUGGAUCAGGUGUUCAAACGGAUCCCAUGUGAGCAUCCGUUGUGGAAGAUUGACCAAGCCUUCGGUAAGAGAGUCUGGACGGUGCCUGAAACCGAGCUACGGGCUACGCGACCCCCGGAUAAGGAGUACUCUUCGUCGAUACUCCUCGAUGUCGAGCCGUGGCUGGAUCCUACGAGGUCCCACGAACUUCAGUGCCGUUCUUGCAAUGCUACCCUCCAAUCUAUCGGGGAUCUCGCGCGACAUUACCAAAACCAGCACUCUCGCCGGAGUGUCGAAUCUGGCGAUAAAGCUAGCAUCGAUGUCAAUCAAAUCGACCAGGCCGAUUACGAGGACUGCCUGGCAUACUGGGGAAACCAUCUUGUUUGUCCUCAAGGGUGCAAUUCUGGCCAGUCGUAUUCGAGUGCAGAACAUUUUCUCAGACAUAUGCGGUUUUUCCACUUUCGCGGCAAUGUCCAGAAAUGCCCAGAUGAGCACUGCAAUAAAACGUUCACCACCUCAUCAGUGCUGCAAGUUCACCUUUUUAUCGAGCACGAUAUCCUUGAGGCUGCUGAGAGUUGCCAAUACUGCCGGCGGGGGUUUUCGGGGGGUUCAGCCAAGUACAAUUGUAAAAGACACGAAAAAGAGGCCCAUAAUCACGAGUGCAACAAUUGUACUCUGAAAUUCCUGACCAAAAUUGACCUGCAUGCCCAUAUCGUGAUGGAGUAUCCCGAUAGCGACGAAGCAGAGGCCAUCCACCGGGGCCACAAGCAUUCACGCCCUGCACGCUGUAUGAAAUGCGGGGUCGUUGUCUGUAUGAGCAGACUUCCUCGUCACCUCAAAUCUCACGGGGAGGUGAAUUUGGAGUGCCUUCUUUGUCAGGAGACUGGCUUUCGGAGACAGUUUUUCGUAGCGGAGCAGUUCAGGAAUCAUAUGCAGGAACAGCAUAAGACCGUCUGGUGCAGCGCAUGUAGGUGCCUCUUUGGCCAGGCCUCAGACCUCGAUGACCAUAACCAAAAAUGGCACCAGAAACUCCUAAAAGUCACCAUAGUCCAGGAUAACGCCAAUGAAGAUAGGCCCAGCGACGCCAGUGAGGGUGGGCCAAGCGACGCCAAGACCAUCGAUACCAGCAGGAUCGAGGAUGACUCCAGAGAUUAUCCAUCUUGUGGGAUCACAGGGCACUGGAGAAGGGACACGGAUCUCGGGUGGAUCGUCAAGAGCAAGGAUGGCGAAAAAUGCAUGCUUUGCGAUAAAGAUUUGUCUAACCUCUCAACGUCAACGAAGAGAGGGCAUCUGGGCAUGUUCCACCCCCUUUGCACUAUCAAAGGCUGUCAAUUCCGAUGUGCCCACAAAGAGGACCUGGAUAAGCACCUUGAGAGCCACUCCAGGUGUGAGACUUGCUCCAAGAUAUUCUUGGACGACGUGGUUCGCGGACUUCACCAAUGCGGCGAGAUCCCCCCGUGGGAGGAACGGCCGCCGUCUGCAGAUAUACAGGCCGAGAUCGAUGCCAUCCCUGAGAGGAUGACGCCGUUCCGGCCCAGAAUCUCCAUGAGUCAGCAAGGUAAGGCGGUAGCCUCCGUUCCGUCGUCGUCGACAUCUCAAGGUCUUCAGACACGUGGCGCUGGUGACACCGGGGAGGCCUUAUCGCACGCCACACCACCACGCCCCCAUCGGCGGAAAAGAAGCAGGACGUCGGAAAACUGGGAAGACGAGUCUCAGGACGUGCUCUCACCACCGGCCAAGACGCCAGACAAACCGAGGAAGACGUCCUUGGCGGAGGUGGCUCUGCCAUUGCGGCCCACGCCUAGUCCGCAGUGA